CUCGGCGAGCUGGGGCAGGAGCGCGAGAAACUUCUUCGUCAGCUGGAGAUGGCGAUGAAGGAAGUAAAUCAGCGUGACGGGGAUAUCGCUUUAUUGCAGCGCCGGUUAGAGGCGUUCGAAGAUGAGGCGAAAAGGGCGAGAAAGGCUCUGGAGAAAGCGAAGCAGGAUAAUUCGAUGCUGCGUCAGGUGAAGUUUCCGCCGAUCUGA